CAACAACAAAGCCGUUCGCUUAUCGCAGCGCGUCGAUCGCCUUGCAUGGCGCGGCGCGGCAUUUGCUUAAAAAGUAUAGAAUACAACGGCGUACGUUUCAUUUGCGUUAAGACAGCGCGUUCGUACAGAACGUACACUCUGUAAAAAUAAGCCAUAAAAUUCCGUAUAAACAAAACAGACAACGAGAUCGCGUCGUACGUGUCACAAGUGUGUGUGUGUCUAUAUAAUAUCGUUUGUUGAUCGUUUUAUUUUUUGGAAGUGUAUAAAUUUUCAAAAACGUUGGAAAUGCACAAUUUGUGCGGUUCGUAAGCUUCUAAAAGUUUUGAAAUCUCAUGUAUAUAUAUUCAUUGAAUAUAUGUGUCUUGCCAUAAAAGGUACGAGCCGUAAAAAGAGAUCGAUCGAAGAUCGCUAUUGAUUGACUGAUCGUGCGAGCGUUGAGCGUGUGUUUAUGUGAUCGGAAUUGGAAAUUGGAAUUUUUCAACAUUUUUCAACGUACAUUUAAUAUCGUUGGAAAACCAAAAACGGCGUCCACUCGAAGUUGAACAGGUUUAUAAACAUACAGACAUACUUACAGUUGUUUUUUUUUUAUAAAAAUAUAUCUACAUAUAUGUAUUCUGUAAUUCUCUCAAAUAAUUUGCGCACGCACAACACUUAAAAGUUCCUUAAUUUUAUGCACAACUGUGCUUAAAGUAAUCACACAGCUAAUAAUAAAAAAUAAAUAACUAAGUAAUAAACAGCAACAAAAUCAGCGAACGCCGAAUGACUCCAACUACAAACAUCGCAAAUAAAAUUGUAAAUUGUAAGUUCGUGUAAGCUGCGGCAGCGACAUACUACAUGAAAAAUGCAUUCAUUAUAUCUUAACGAGCAUUUAUUUGAUGCACAAACGAGCACCGGUCUUGACCACAACACCGAACGUAACAGUACGCCAGUGUCCGUUGUGGCGGCAAAGAAUACGCAACUUUGCGUGAAAGCGCAUAAACCGAUUGAAAAGAAAUUGCUGCUUGCUUUGAAAAAGUUCAUCAAGUGAAGGACUACACGCCAGUGUAUAAGCGAGCCGAGACUAGCCGAGAACAAAGAACGACACUGAAAAGUGAAAGUUAAGGAAGUUGUGCUAGAGAAAACGAACAAAACGUUAUUUUUUUUAGCGAAAAAAACGUGUGAAAAGUACAAUUUUAGUUUGUGUGCAAAGUGUUCCACAAGUUCAAUAGAGUGUUUGAGCUAGUAAAACUUCAAUAAAAUUAUUUUGUUAAAACUGAAAGUGUAGUGAAAAGGUGUGAGAAACAGGAAAUAUAUUGUGUGUGACAAUAAGUGUGGAAAUUAGUGGAGAAAAAUAACUGUAAACUGUGAUAAAUAAUUGCAUAAGCGAUUUUAGCAAAGCGAGCCUAUUUUUGCUGAAUAUUGUAGAACAAAUAAAAACAAAGCUCAAAACAAUAUUUAACUGGCAAGCAGAUGUGCUAAUAACUGUAACUGUAAUUAACAGAGAUUUAACGGUUGACUUAACGCAAAAGCAAAAACAUAAUUUUGCUGUAAUUUUCAAAGCAAAAAAAUAAAUAAUAAUAAAGAAAUAAAUAAAUUAAGAAACUGAAAAUUAAAAUCCAGUUAUAUAUAUCAAUAUAUAUCAAUUUUAAUUUACAACAAUAAGCAAAACCAGCUCAAAAAUUUUUUUGAAAAUUUUUUUCGAAAACUCUAAAAUUUCUAAAAUUUCCAAAAUACCAAAAAUAAAAACAAGAAAAUUUUAAAUUUUUGUGCCACAAAACACAAAAUAUACGCAAACAGUAUUAAGUAUUAGAAGUCUACUAAAAAGUCUCCUUCACCUAAAAACAAAAACAAAAACACCAAAAUGAUCUUCAACAAAUACAUCGAAAAACUCUCCAACUCCUUUGGCGGCACCUCCACCGCCAAGCAGCCACAACCGAAACCAAAUCUACACAUCAACGAUUACAACAACACGCGCAACAUUGAAUACGAAAAGGCCAUGGCAGCUUCUUACAUUAAUGGUGGCCACUAUCAUCAUUAUGAGAAGCAAUAUGUUGCGUCCAAAAAGAAGAAACCGAAUAAAAGCCAACAACAGCAACACCAACACCAUCGUGAUUUUCUAAGCAACGAUGAAUUGGCCACGAUAAAUAACAGCAAGAGCAACAGCAGCAGCUGCAAUAGCAGCAAAAGCGGCAGCAGUGGCAGCAACUCUCAUCAUCACAACAACAGCAAUGAAAAUAAAAGUCAUAGCCACAGUGGUAACUACUUAAAGGUGCCUGAAUCCUCGUGCAUGCGCCUCAACGCCAAAGAUAUACCCGCCUUACGCAUAACCACCACAGAUUUGCAGAUUGAUUUGCAAACGCGUGAAGUGGAUGCUGGCGAUCUGUUGCCAACAGCGGUGCAUUACUAUGAGGGCGAUAUCUAUCGUACGCCACUCUCAUCGCUGAAUCCUUCACCCGCCUCGUCGUAUACAACUUCGCUGUCGACCGAGUCGUUGGCUGGCGCCUGCAGCCCGUGCUCGUCGAUGUCGGCUGCUUCGACGCCUACCUCGCUGUCGACGUCGCCGCCGCGGUUUCACAGCCGUCCGCCAUCGCUGCGUUUGUCGAAGGAGCUGGCAGGGAUAUACUGCAAGAUGCUGCACUUUCCAUGGUUUCAUGGCAAUCUUUCGGGCAAGGAAGCUGAAAAAUUGAUACUAGAACGUGGAAAGAAUGGUUCAUUUCUGGUGCGUGAAUCUCAAAGUAAACCUGGUGAUUUUGUGCUUUCAGUGCGUACAGAUGAUAAAGUGACGCACGUCAUGAUCCGAUGGCGGCAGGACAAAAAAUACGACGUUGGCGGUGGUGAACCCUUCGACACGUUGUCUGAACUCAUCGAACAUUACAAACGCAACCCGAUGGUGGAGACAUACGGCACAGUGGUGCAUUUGCGUCAGCCAUUUAAUGCGACGCGCAUCACAGCCGGCGGCAUCAAUGAACGAGUGAAUCAACUGGCCAAGGGCGGCUUCUGGGAGGAAUUCGAAUCGCUGCAGCAAGACAAUCGCAAUAUGUUUUGUCGCAUUGAAGGCUACAAGCCGGAGAAUCGCAGCAAAAAUCGCUAUCGCAAUAUACUGCCCUAUGAUCAUACCCGCGUUAAACUAUUGGAUGUGGACAAGAGUGUGCCCGGCGCUGAAUAUAUAAAUGCGAAUUAUAUUCGCCUACCCACCGAUGGCGAUUUGAAUAGCAUGAGCUCAUCGUCGGAGAGUUUGAAUGCCACUGGCAUGGUGGCCUCUUGUCCCGCCUGCAGCGCCGCUCAAAUACAGAAGAACUGUACCAACUGUCAGAAGCUGAACAAGACAUGUGUGCAGUGUGCUGUCAAAACAUCUGUGCUGCCGUUGAGCAAUUGUAUAACGUGUAAUAAAAAAUCGGAUACGAUUAAUAAGCAUAAGCGCAGCGAUUCAUCGGCCUCAACGGCGACCGCUUACAGCAUUGCUAGUUGCAGUUCACGUGCGGCUUCCAGUGCGGGUGGUUUGUUGAAGAAGUGCAACAAUGAGUUGGCAGAACGUGAUAUGUUCAAGGUGUACAUUGCGACGCAGGGUUGUUUGCAGACCACGAUUGUCGAUUUCUGGAACAUGAUCUGGCAGGAGAAUACGCGCGUGAUUGUGAUGACAACCAAAGAGAUUGAGAGAAACCGCAGUAAAUGUGCCAAAUACUGGCCGGAUGAGGGUCAAUGCCGACAAUUUGGACCAGCGAAAAUACAAUGUCUCACAGAAAACAAAACUAAUGAUUAUACGCUGCGUGAGUUUCUAUUCUCUUGGCGUGAUAAGCCCGAUCGCCGUAUCUAUCACUAUCACUUUCAAGUGUGGCCCGAUCAUGGUGUGCCCACGGAUCCGGGUUGUGUGCUGAAUUUCCUGCAAGACGUGAACUCCAGGCAAAGUCAGCUAACAAUGACGGGCGAGAAUCCGGGUCCAAUUUGUGUGCACUGUUCAGCGGGUAUUGGUCGCACGGGCACUUUCAUUGUGAUUGACAUGAUUCUCGAUCAAAUCGAUAGAUACGGUCUGGGCACCGAAAUCGAUAUACAGCGCACAAUACAAAUGUUACGCUCCCAACGUUCUGGUUUAGUACAAACUGAAGCACAAUAUAAAUUUGUUUAUUAUGCUGUGCAGCAUUACAUACAAACGCUAAUACAGCGCAAACGUGCCGAAGAGCAAAGCUUACAAGUCGGACGUGAAUAUACAAAUAUAAAGUACACAGGCGAAAGCAGCAGUGACACACAAAGAUCUCCGCUACCAUCAGCAAUUUCUAGCGUAAGUUUAGCAAGUAAAAACCAAUCAGUGGCCAGCAGCAGCAUCAGCAUUAACAGCAAUGCGACCAGCAACGCCGCCGAGAGUAUGAAUCACUAUGCCAGCAUUGGCUCUACAAACGCCAACAAAUCGACACAGUUGUAUGGCACAGUGACAGCAGCUCCACCACCGUUAGCUACGAAAAGCAAACAAGCGCCGCUGCCACCAAUGCCGGCCAGUGCGCUCGGCGGCAUGGCAUUAGCAACGAAAGUGGGUGAUAGCAGUAUGCAGCAGCAGCAGCAACAACAAAGCGCUAUGCAACCGCAGCAGCAGUCAACAGCCGCUAUGCCAAGCACGCCGAAUGCGAGCGGCGGCGGCAGUGCUGCUGCGGCAGGUAAGCAGCCAACGAAAACAUUCCCAAAGACAUGAGCAUGCGCUCAGGCAGCGCUCAGCAGCAGCAACAACAACAGCAUCGGCAACAGUCAGCGCCGCCGACACCGCCGCGCUCUAGCUAUACAUGACAGUUAAGGUUUUAAAAACACCGAAGCGACACAAAACCUAAUGUCUUUGUUAGAAAUUCUUCUGCUUCUACCCCUCCUUCUCUCAUUAUGCCAGCACGGGCACUAUGAACGUGACUUCAAAUGCUGCCGUUCGCUUAAAUGUACGCGUCGCGCUUUAGGAAGCACAACGAACUCUAAUCAAGUAUAAAAAAAGACGUGUUGCGUACCACGUGUUGUAGUGGCAACUCCACGAAUUUGCAAAAAAAAGAAAAAAUCCCACACCUUUGCCGAUUUUCACUCGAAUUAUUUUUUAUACUUUAAAUAUGCGCCAAAAAGCGCUGAAAACUAUUUUUUACAUAAACUGUUAUUCGUAGCUUUUUUUAAUUAUUCUAUUGACCCUUUAAGGACUUUGUAAUAUUACUAUUUCGUUAAUUUUUUUGCUUUUUGGCAUACAUUUUAUUUUAUUUUAAUUUUAGUUUAAAUUGUUUUAUUAUUUUUUGAAAACUUUCAUAGCGUUGCUUGUUAACAAUCUGCCAAGCGCCGCUUGCUGUUCGUUAAUUUCGUAGUUUUUUCCAUAAUAUUUUCUGCAGUUAAUUUUUUUUAAUUGUUACCCCAACCCAAUUACAUUUCCCACUACCACCACGCCCACUUUAUGCCCACUUUAUGCCUACUUCUUUGCUCGUUUCCGUUUUUUAAGCGAAAAACCGUAAUAAUAAUUGUUAUUGUUGUUAUUGUACUGGUAGUGUACGUAGUUUGUUGCUGCUGUGGCUGUUGCUGUUUUUUAUAUUUUUGUUGUAGUUGUAGUUGUGUAGCAGCAUCGCUGCUUAGUAGCGUAGCGUUAAAGCAAACGUAAAAUUAUGAUUAAAAAAUAAAAAAAAAAUAAUAAUUAUUUAUAUAAAUAUGAUAAAAGCGUUGAUUGUGAUCUGUAUUGAUGCAUUAAAAAGUAAAAAAUAUAAAAGUUAAAAGGUAAAAAAUGUAAAGCCAUUUAAACGUUAUGCUUAGCAAGAAUGCGUCACCAAAAAUCAAAAAAUCAAAAAUAGAAAUAUUAAAUUGAAAAAAAAAAAAUUGGCAACAUUAAGCAAAAAAAUAUUUUAAAUAUUGCUAGAGUGCAUAAAAAAAUUGAAGAAAUUAGCGUUGAGUUCAAAAAGCUUUGUAGAAACAUCAAAAUAAUUUGCAAGGCAAAAUAAGUGUUAAUUAAAUAUUUAAAAAUUGUUAAAAAAUCAGCUUAAAUAUGCGAAAUCGUGAAAAGUAUUUUUUUUGUUUAAUUUUUUGUAAAAUUAGUUGAGAAUUUGUUUAUGAAAAGUUCGUUUUUUCGAAAAAAAAUGUUUGUUCGUUUAAAUCAUUAUGUUUAAAGUUUUUUUUCAAUAUUUUUGAAGCAAAAAAAUAUAUAUUUUCAAUUAAUUUUUGUUUUAUUUUAAAUCACAAAUGCACCUUUUAUAAUAUUUUUGAAAAGAUGAGGCCUGAAAAAUAAAAAAAUACUUUUACAUACUAUAAAAACUUAAUAUUUUUCAAAAAAAUUAUUUAAAAGGAAUUUCAAAAUUCAGUUAAAAAAUAUACAAAAUGUCAAUGACUCCUUGUUUCGCAAAAAUUUAUACAAAAAAACAAUAUCUGUAUCGAAAAAAAAAUCUUAAAUUUAUAUAAAAAUAUUAUUUUCGUUAAAUUUAUAUUUUUAAAAUUUUUAUUUUUUGCUUAUUUUCCUUUAAAAAUCUUAAAUUAUGUUAAAUAGUCCAAAAAAAAAAUGCCGAAAAAAUAUAAUUUUCACGAUUUCUAGUUGCCAUUUUUGCUGAAAAAUCUAACACACUUCAAAAACAACGCAACAUUUAUUUUCAUCUACAUAAAUACACACAACAAAUAAUUUACGCUGUUGGCUUGGAACCGACAAAAAACACAGAAGAAAAAUUAUGUUUUCAUAAAAUAUUUAAAGUAGUCGCUAAUUUGUAACGCUGUAAUUGUAUAAAUACAUAUAAAUAUUUAAUUUAAUUUAAUUUAGUUUUUUGUAUUUUGUAAUUGUGGAAAUUGCUAAAAUUAUUGUUAUAGCUAUUUUAAUAUCAUUAUUGCUGUGUAAUUACGUAUAUAUACAUAUUUGUAAUAAUUAAUUUUAAUAAAUUUACUAAUUUUAAACGAAAA